AUGGCAUUAACCGCUUCUCCGGCGACGGCGUCCUCGCUACAAGCUAACAGCAACGGCGUAACGGCAAGAGUCAAGGCCGCUGCUGUGCCGAGAGAUACAGAGUCAAAUGGCACGGCCAAUGGCGAGUCCAACGAUGCCUCCGCUCCUACCAACACGAUUGAAGCGCAAGCGAAAUAUCGCGACUUUUUCUGGACAUACACCGAAGAGCCGCACCGCUCACGGCGACUCGCCAUCAUCAAGGCACAUCCAGAGGUCACCAAGUUGUGCGGUCCCGAGCCUCUGACCAAAUACCUUGUUGUUGGUGUGGUGUCCUUGCAGGUUGGUCUUGGUAUUGCCCUUGCCAAAGCGGGCUACGGCUUCUUCUCAUGGCCGUUCUGGGCCGUUGCGUACGUCUUUGGUGCAACGGCCAACCAGAACCUGUUCCUGGCCAUCCACGAGAUCUCUCACAACCUUGCUUUCCGCUCGCCAUUGGCCAACCGCCUACUCGCGAUCGUGGCCAACCUCCCGAUCGGCAUCCCCUACAGCGCGUCCUUCCGCCCCUACCACCUGACGCACCACAAGUCGCUCGGCGUUGACGGCCUCGACACGGACUUGCCGACCGCUGCUGAGGCUUUCGUUCUCGACUCGAUCCUUGGCAAGGCCUUUUUCUGCACCUUCCAAAUCUUCUUCUAUGCCCUUCGUCCUAUGGCGGUCAUGCGCAUUCCCUUCACUAAAAUCCACGCUCUGAACGUCGCAGCUCAGGCCAUCUUUGACUACGUCCUUGUCAAGUCCUUUGGCAUGCAGCCGCUCCUCUACCUCCUUCUGUCGUCGUUCCUCGCCGGGUCGCUGCACCCGCUGGCCGGCCACUUCAUUGCCGAGCACUAUGUCUACGACACCGUCACGCCGGAAGCCAGUGACCCGUCCAACGGGAUCCCCAUCCCUGAGACCUACAGCUACUACGGGCCUUUGAACAUUUUCGCGUACAAUGUCGGCUAUCACAAUGAGCAUCACGACUUCCCCGCGGUGCCAUGGACGCGGCUGGAGCGGCUGCGGGCCAUGGCGCCCGACUUCUACGACAACCUGCCUCACCAUGUCAGCUGGACGUACGUGAUUUGGCGUUUCAUCUGGGACGACACUGUCGGGCUGCGGUGCCGUGUGAAGCGCAAGACGGGUGGCCGACUGGUGGGCGGUGCCAAGAUUGCGGAGUGGACAGAGACCGAGGUACAGGCGUAA